AUGGGCAAGUUCCUUACUGAAGAUCAAGCCUUGGAGAUGAUAAGAGCUUGGGAUGGAUUUGGAGAGUUAGAGAAGAAGAGUAAGGUCAAAAAUGUAAGUUUUUUAAUUUUAAAGUGGCACUAAAAAUUUGAAAAAAGCUAUGAUUGGAACCAGGACUGUGGCUAGGAAUUAGGUUAAAACGGGGGCUAGAAAUGGGGCUAGGAUUGGGAGUCGGACCGAAACUCAGACUGCGAUUAGAACUGGAGCUAGGACGGAGGUUUCCACUAGAGCUAAGCCGAAGGGAAGAGGGAAGGAGUUAGACUGGAGCUAUUUGGAAUGAGACUAAGGCUGUGGCUAAAAGUAAGGUUUUAGGCUAGGGCUCUAGAUUAGGGACUUACCCUCUGUCUAGGGAAAAGUCUAGGUCUUAGUCUCUGGGAAGGCAGAAUUCUAGCCCAGUGGCUUUGGGCUAGGGCUCCAGGCUAGGGUUUCAGGCUAGAGCUCUGGGCUAGAGCUCUGGUCUAGGGCUCUGAUCUAGAGCUCAGGGCUAGGAUUCUAGGCUAUGAUUCCGGAAAACGGCUCUGAGCUAGAGCUCUGAGCUAGGGAUUCGGGCUAGGUCACUGGGCUAGGCCUAAAGCUAUGUUUUAUUAAAAUAAUUUUGAAAUUUUUAAUUUAGGUAUCAGUAAAACCCUUAUCAAUUGACGAUCAAGGCUUCUUGUCAAUAGUUUACGAUGUUGUAGUCAACUUUGAGGAUUCUUCAAAAUUUGUUGUCAUUAUUAAAACCCCAUCACUCAAUCGAUUUAACGAAGAGCUUAAAGCAGAUGUCACUGAUAAGGACAAAGAUGGCAUCAUGUUUCAAUGUCAUAACCAUGAAUGUGAAGUUUAUACCUUGCUGAGUAGUAUUGAUGCUCCUAUGGCCAAGCUUUAUGCUUGUAAAGUAUGUUUUUGAAAAGUUACUGAUAACUAUUUCCGAAAAUUUUGAAACGGCUAUGACUUUCUUUAAAAAAUGAAAAUUCGCAAGAACUUUCUUUAUAGACAAAAAAAAUGGCAAGAACUUUCGUUACAGACUAAAAAAUAGCAAGAACUUUCUUUACAGACAAAAAAAUAGCAAGAAUUUCCUUUACGAGCAAAAAAUAACAAGAACUUUCUUUACAAAACAAAAAAUAGCAAGAACUUCUUUUACAAAGUAAAAAACGGUAAGAACUUUCUUUACAAGCAAAAAAUAACAAGAACUUUCUUUAAAAAACAUAAAAUAGCAAGAACUUUCUUCACAGACUAAAAAAUAGCAAGAACUUUCUUUACAAAUUAAAAAAUGGCAAGAACUUUCUUUACAGACUAAAAAAUGGCAAGAAAUUUCUUUACAAAACCAAAAAUGGACUUUUAGACAAUAUCGUCAGCGGACAAAAAUGGUUAUCUUGUCAUGGAAUCCUUCAUUGGCAAAGCCAACAUCAUGGGCAUAUCAUAUCACACAAACGCUGGCCAAUGCCUAAAUUUAGCGAGAAAGCUGGGAAAACUUCGAGCUGAAGCAGAAAAGCUAGAUUUGGAUAAAUUGAAACACCUGAACGCCGGAUUUAUUCAAGAAAAUGAUUUUGUAGCUGGAUUGAUCAAGCCAAACAUUCAAUUUAUGUUAGAGUACGACUACAACACCUUCAAACCAUUGGUCGAUAGAUUGGAGAAAUAUGGAAAUUCAAAGUUUUACGAAUAUUGCUUGAUGACCAAGGCACACGACUUGGGCAAGUUUUGAUAUUUGGGUAGGGCUAUAAAGACUGCUAAACUAAACAUAAAGAACGGGCCGGGCUUGAGUGUUAGUCUCGGCCCGUUCUAAAUUUUCCUCAAGCCCGCGCCUGCCCGUAUGUUUUUACAUGCAAACUGGCCGGGCUUUUUGGUCUGGGCUUUGAUUUUCAGACCAGUCGAGAGCAAAUUUUGCUCAGACCUUACCCGGCACAUUCUCCAUGUCUAGUUAGAAAUGUUAGGGCAGAUAGAGCAGAUAGGACGGCUAAAGCUGCGAAAUCUGAUAAGGCUGCUAGAACUGGUAGGACUGUUAGAGCUGCUAGGGCAACUAAAGCUGAUAGAGACGCUAAGGCGGUUAAGUUUGCUAGGGCUGCCACGACAGCUAAAACUGCUGAGGUUGCUAUGGCGGACAAUCUGCUAAGGCUGCGGGGACCGUUAAGACAGUUAAGACAAUUAAGGUUGCUAAGGCUGCUCGGGCGGCUAGAGCAGUUAGGAUGGCUAAAGUUGUUGGCUGAUAAAGCAGUUAAGGCUGUUAAAAAAAAUAAAGCAGCUAGAACGGCUAAGCCUUACAAGACUGCCAAAACUGCUAUGGGCUAAGGCUACUAAGACUGCUAUACUAGGCCGGCUAGAGCUAAAUCAACAGUUUUAUAUUUUUUAGGAGUAGCUUCAUUCUUCCACUCUGACCUCCACGGCGGUAACUUAAUGUUCAAGCUGAACCCAGACGGCAGUGUUUCAAAUGAAUUGGCAGCUCUAAUCGACUUUCAGUCAGCCAUAUACGGUAAUGCUCUAUGUGAUCUUUCUCGCUUUACUGGAGUAACAGUGGAUGUGGAUGUACGACGAUCGAUUGAAGAUGACUUAAUUGACGCAUAUUACAGUACCUAUCUACAGUAUUCUAAAAAUCCAAAUCCAAACUUUACAAAAGCUGUUUGCCGUGAAUUAUAUGACUUGGGAGUCAUAUUACAGGCGGUCGAUUGGCAAAUGAUUUUUGGAAUUUUUGCGAGUAAACCGACCGGUAAAAACGACUUUCAUAAUGAAGCGUUGAAAGCCAGAAUGGCAUUGAAAGCUAGGUUGUGUAUGGAAGAUGGUAUUAGAUUGAUCGAGAAAUAUGCAUUUGACAAAUUACAGAACAAACUGGGCAAUUUAACAUUGUAA